UGGGAAAAAGUCAUUAAACCAAUAAAAUAUUAUAAUUUCGAUAUUCUCCUUUGGUAUGGAGUAUUUACUUCAGCUCACAGCUCAUUAUUCACCUGCUCAAACUUCAACUUCACCUUCACGCAAACCGGAUCUUAGAUUUCUUCUCCGACGAUGACUCGAGGUAACCAGAGGGAGAAGGAUCGCGAAAGAGCUAAUGCUCGUGGUGGCGCCAAAGGGAAGAACAAAGACGAUGGGUUGACUCCUGAACAACGUCGUGAAAGGGAUGGAAAAGCACUUCAAGAGAAGGCUGCUAAGAAAGCAGAAAAGGCUGCAGGGAGUGGUGAUGCUGGUAAAUCCACCAAGAAAUAACACAAUUUCUUGAUGAACUUAUCUUCAUUCUGUGAUUUGAUUAUAAUAGAUAAAUUCAAGUUUUACAUUGCUUGAGAUUAUGAAAAGAUUUAUAUUUAUAAAGAUAUUGUAAGUUUGUAACAUUUGGCUUGUAUUUUAAUUGUUACAUUUAUCAAGAAAUAAUCCAUUAGUUUUC